AUGAACAUAACCUUACUUAAUAAACGUGUGUCAAUGAAUUAUCUUUGCCAUUGAAGUUCAAAAGAGACAUUCUACAAAAUGAAUAGUCAGGGUGAUUUCAAGUUAUUCGAAAAUUCAAUUAAAUAUUUACAUAAUAUUUCCACGUUAUCUCCAAUGAAUGUACCCGCAUUAAAGUCAUCAUUAAGUUUAAAAAGAACAUUAAUGAGUCUCAGGAAAAACAUACAUAUACCUACAUAUGCAACUAGGCCAAAUAUGCAUUGUCAGAGGUGCUUUUUAAAUUUUCAUGAUGGUCCUGCAACCUAUGAAAUUAAAUCUAAACCAACACAGUAUAAAUUUGCACAAAAAAUGCUGGCCAAACAAAAGAAAGGGCUACCUCUCACAAAGUAUCAAAAAAAGUAUUUGGAAAAAUAUAAUAAGUUUUCUGGAAAUACUUUAGUCACAACUUGCCAUUUUUGUAAAAAAGCAACUUGUACGAAAUUACCGAUUCCAAAAACUAAAAAGAAACCUAAAGUAAUUGCUAGUAAAAAUAAGAACAAAAAGAAAAAAGAUAAACUGUGUGGCUUGAAUGAGAAUGUGGUUAUAACAAAUAGGAAUAAAAAGGAAAAUAAUAAAACGUUAUUAGGAAAAAAAUUAUUUUCAAACACUAAAAAUUCGUUACAAGAAACCACAUGUGAUAAUUCAUUAAUUAUAAUUUCGAAUUCUUCGACAAAUAAUUCAAUAGGGAAUGAUAAGAUACAAAAAUUGCCUACUAAAAGGCGUUUAGAAGUAAUUGAUUUAGAUUCUGAUGAUUCCAUUCAAGAAGUACCACAAAAAAAGAAAUUUAAAAUUAAAAAGAAACAAGAAAUUGUUAUCCAAACACCAAAACCUUUGAAAAAAACUCCAAAGGAUAAAAAGAAAAUGGAAAAAAAUCAUAUGAAAUUGAAUAAAUUAAUGAAUACAUCAACAGAAAAUGACAAAUCUUCAGGAUUGUUGCAAUUAUUAGAAGUGUCUAAAGAUAAUCCUACAGAAGUAAUUUCCUUAGAUUCUGAUGAUUCAGUCCAAGAAGUAUCAAUAAAAACAAAAACGGACGACAAAAAGUACCAGAAACAGCUCCAUACAUCAACUCCUGUCACCAAAAAUAACAAGAAAAAGAAGAAAAAUAAAAAUAAGAAGUUGAGUAAAUUAAUUUCAAAUUCUGGGAAAAAGAAUAAAUCUUCUAAUUUGUUUCAGUUUUUGCAAAGUUUGUAAUACAAUGUUGGAAUAAAAUUAAUUUUUCUUA